AACGCUGCUCACAUUUCAAUCACAGCAGAGGUUUUAUUUUGAAGUCCCGGACAGGAAGUGAUGCUGCUUGCACGCCCGCAGCCUCGCGGCUCAGCUGUGGUCCUCGGUGCUCGCGCACGGCUGCAUCAUGACAGCGCGCACGGACGCUGUCCUCCCCGCCGCACGAGCCGUCCUCCGCGCGCUCAGGUGAGUCCGCGUGUCCUCUGCGGUGUCCGCGCGCAUGCAUCCCGCAGCGGGACUGCAGGUGCGCGGGGUACCUGCGUGGAGUCUGAAGUUCAGCAUCAGCACUUCAGUUCAGCAUCCGCAGUGAGGCGCAGAGCGGUGCUGCCGCGCGCGCGGACACUCAUCCAGCCGGUUUGUCCCCCGGUUCUCGGCACGAGCGUCUACUUCCACACAAAUAUCGGGGUCGAAACGUGACGUUUACGGUCAGGGUCUGGAUGGAGCUGUGAGGGAGAAGGUGCCGUGGUUCCCAGAUCCCUGUUCAAGGACAAAACCUCCUCCAGAGGGAGAGAUGGGACAACAGAGGAGGAGGAGGAGGAGGAGGAGAACUGCAGGAGACCUUCAUCGCCUCUGAUGCAGCUUCUGCAGCUCCACGGUUCCUCCUCUGAAGCGUGAAGCUGCAGGUACCGGAACCUCACCUGACAACUGUGUGUGACGAGUGACAGCAGGAAGUCCAUCCAGGGAGAAGCUUGGAGCCUGGAGUGCAGAACCGAUGAAGGUCCAGGUCCAUCCAGCAAAUGCUGGACUCUCGUUUUGUUUCUCAGAAGAAAGUUUCUCUGCUUUGAAAGAACUUUUUAGUUAGGAUCUUCUCUGAAAUCCAGGUCACCAACAAAGAAACCUUUUCAUUUCAUGACUUUUAAGUUUUUAUCUUCAGUUUUAGAGAAAUUCUGCUUUUCUCUCAGGAUUUCAAAAACUGAACUGCAGGCAAAUCAGGACAUUUUCAGGUAGACAAUCUGGAUCUUCACAAAAUUCUGCAUCAGCUGUUAGAAAAAAAUCAUUCUUGAUGACCGUUAUCUUCUCUUCAUCUUCCAGGGUUCUGCUAACUAAACUAAUCCUCCAAAAACGGUUUGUUUCUGUCUAAAGAGAACCGAUGUGAACGUGAAGAUGCAUCAGUCCAAACCGGUCUGCAUGUCUGUGUUUCAGGGCCCCGCCACAUGAGCCUGCUGCAUUAUGGGAAGCUCUUCGUCCUCCUUCCUGGUUGACGAGCCUGACGGUGAUGGUCGUCCUCGGGGUGGAGCUCUGCCCCCCUCCCCCAACAUGGGAUGUCUGAGGAGCAGCCAGAGCACCUUCAUCCCACGACAGAUAGCCGGGCGCCAACGAGAGCGCAGUUUCUCCUCUGGUUCCAUGCCGGCUCUCCGGACUCAGUGGACCUGCGGCUGCUGUACUUUCCUAAACGCCGCCGGCGCCCCCCGCUGCUCCAUCUGUGAAGCCCCCCGGCGGGGAUCCGUGCCCCGCUGGCUGAGACCCGGCACCGGCAAAGCCGAUUCUGGAUGGUCCUGCCCCCGCUGCACACUCACCAACUCCCCCAGCAGCCUCACCUGCUCACUGUGCAGUCACUGCAAACCUCUGGACCCCCCCGGCGAGCAGCCCCGACCCCAGCGCUCCAGCAGCUGCUCUGGCCUGCUGAGGGCGCCGUCCGUCGAACAGAGCAGGACAAAGGCGGAGAAAAGCAGCAGGUCCUGGGACUGCCUGAGGUGCACGCUGCAGAACACCCCCACCUCCAUGUCCUGCUCCGCUUGUGGGGGCCCCCGCAAGCUGUCUCUGCCGCAGGUCCCAGCAGAGGCGCUGCUCAUGCCAGACGUCUGCAACCAGCAGGACGAGGCAGCGGGGGCACUCUCUCUCUCCAUGUGGGGGGAGAGCUCACUGCUGGGAGCUUCACAUCCAAACGCAAGCCCCCCCCCAGGCCACAAUAAUGUGGUCCCCUGCAGCCGCAGAGAGGUCCCCCCCUCAGAAACUGGCCUGAGGCAGAGACCAACAUCUCCUCAGACUCUGACAGCCCUACAGCCCCCCCCACAGGCGGACCUGCUUAAUACCAGGAGGCUCAGCGUCCUCAAGGAGGAGGCGUCUCCUCUGCCGCCUGCGUCACGCUCAUCAGGGUUGGACCCCCCCCCUGCAGACGGCCGGGAGUGGUCCUGUCCGGCGUGCACCCUCAUCAACCAGAUCAAAGCCAAACACUGCCUGGCGUGCUGCAGCCCCCAACAGCUGAAACCACCGGCGACCUCGGCGAGGCAGGAGAGCCGGCCGGUGGAGGCGCUGCGGCAGAGCGACGAGGGGGAGGCGCGAGGCCUGUGGGAGGACAUCGUCAGCUUCUGCAGACAGAACUCAGUGGUGUUUGUGGAUGACAGCUUCCCUCCAAACCCAAAGUCCGUGGGCUUUCCGCCGGACGAUGGCGUCCAGCAGCGCGUCAAGAAGUGGCUCCGACCUGAAGAAAUCAGCUGCUGCGGCUUCAGGGAGCGCGGGCUCAGGUGGUCCGUUUUCCACUCAGUGAGGCCGUCUGACAUCCUGCAAGGGCUUCUGGGUAACUGCUGGUUCCUGAGCGCGCUGGCGGUUCUGGCUGAGCGGCCCGAGCUGGUGGAGAGGGUGAUGGUGACCCGCUCGCUGUGUCCCGAAGGGGCCUACCAGGUCCGCCUCUGCAAAGACGGGUCCUGGACCACGGUGCUGGUGGAUGACAUGCUGCCGUGUGACGAGAGCGGACACCUCCUCUUCUCCCAGGCCCAGAGGAAGCAGCUCUGGGUGGCUCUGAUCGAAAAAGCUCUGGCGAAGCUCCACGGCUCCUACUUCUCCUUGCAGGCGGGCCGCGCCAUCGAGGGCCUUUCCACGCUGACGGGGGCGCCCUGCGAGUCGUUGGCCCUCCAGGUCAGCACCACCAACCCUAAAGAGGACCCCAUCGAUACGGACCUGAUCUGGGCCAAAAUGCUGAGCUCAAAAGAGGCGGGCUUCCUGAUGGGGGCUUCCUGCGGGGGGGGCAACAUGCGGGUGGACGACAGCGAGUACGAGUCUCUGGGUUUGCGACCUCGACACGCGUACUCCGUCCUGGACGUACAGGACGUCGAGGGGCACAGGCUGGUGCAGCUCAGGAACCCGUGGGGUCGGUUCUCCUGGACCGGAGCCUGGGCGGAUGACUGGCCCGACUGGCCUCCACACCUGAAGAGGGCGCUGUGCACCAACCGCGGCGAGGACGGCCUGUUCUGGAUGGACUUUGAGGAUUUCACCAGGUUCUUUGACUCGGUGGAUCUCUGUAAGAUUCAUCCGGACUGGCAGGAGGUUCGAGUUCCGGGCGUUUUCCCCUGUGGAGCGGACGGUCCGGUGCCGGUUUUGGCCGUGACGGUGCAGGAGAGGACGGCGGUGGAGCUGGCCUUGUUCCAGCGAGGCAGCAGGCGCUGGGACACGGCGGAGAGCCACCUCCUGGACCUGUGCGUGCUGGUGUUCCGCGUGGCGUACGACGGCUGCGGCGCGCUGACGCUGGGCCGCCUGCUGGCGCACAGCCGGCGCUCGGUGAGGAGGUUCGUGGGCUGCGACGUCAUGCUGGAACCGGGCGAGUACGGCGUGCUCUGCCUCGCCUUCAACCACUGGCAGAGCUGGGACGGCGAGGGCGCCGCGGGCUGCAGCAGAGCGGAGGCGCCGCGCUUCACGCUUGCGGUCUACAGCUCCAGACUGCUGACGGUGGGGCGGGUCGCCGCCUCCAGCACCGCCAUGGCCGACGCCAUCAUGCAGCUGGCGGAGACCAAAGGAGAGCGGCACGAGGGUCGAGAGGGGAUGACCUGCUACUACCUGACGCAUGGGUGGGCGGGGCUUAUCGUGAUGGUGGAAAACAGGCACCCCAGACAUCACCUGCACGUGUCCUGCGACUGCAGCGAGAGCUUCAACGUGGUGUCGACGCGCGGCAGCCUCAAAACGGUGGACAGCAUCCCUCCCCUGCACAGGUGCUGGUGGUUCUGUCCCAGCUGGAGGGAAACGCCGGCUUCUCCAUCACCCACAGACUGGCUCACAGGAAGGCCGUCCUGCCGUCUCUGGGGAACUGGAGUCCCUCCAAGGCGACCCACUGUCCCGCUCUGAUCCCAGAGACCGCAGGUCUGCAUCAGCCCAGACCCCUAUGAGGUCCAGAGACCACAGAACCGGGCCAGAGAGGAGGCAGCUGCUCUGUGAAGGAGAUGAGGAUGAAGAUGAAGAGUCCUCCCAGGAAACCUCACAACAGUAUUCUGAGAUUGGGACUCAGCGUCAUUGUUGGAAAACGUUUGUUUGUUUGUUUGUUUGUUUGUUUGUUUGUUUGUCCCAGAGCUCCUUUAUGGAUCGGCCUCCAUGUCGGCCAUUUUUCAGUUUAGAGAAAAGAUGAAGGCCAGCGUCUCAUCUUCAUCACCUCUGCUUCACACAGUCUGAACGCUUUCUCUACUGAGACCCCAAUGGAGUGUAAAACACACAAACACACACACACACAGACAUAUAGAUGCACACAAACACACAAAAAUCACAAUCAGCUGAAAAAUCAUCAGAAAGUUUAAAAAAUAAAUAAAACUGAAAACAUUUCUAAGACGAAGGAAGAAAAACUCUAACAUUUAAAAUGGUGAUAAAUGACAAAAUGAACUAAAAUUCAAAAAUAAAUCCAUUAAACUGAAACAAAGAAUUGAAAAUGACGUUUAAAUCUGACAAACAGAAAACACGGAUUCUCACACAAACACCUAAACUUCCAAAAGGCUUUUUGAAUUUCUAACCACUUUCUACAGCUGUGGUGCUUAAUUCAUCACGUUGGAUGAGGCGUGAAGCGGAGCAGCCCGCCGCCGCCGGCGCCGCCGGCUCCUCUGCAGCUUCAGCUCCUUUGCUCAAACCCAAAUCCAUCCACUUCCUGUUCAGACGUCUGCAGUCAUUUAGGGAUUCAGCAGGAAACUCAGUCAAACAACCAGGAAACAAAACGGCAUCAAAAAUAGUAAAUGUUUAAAAAAUGUUUGAAAAAUAAAAUAAAAAGACAAAAGUCUUAAUAUACAUUGAAUUUUAAAAAGAUCACUAUAAAAACAACAUGUCUAAGAUAAUUAGGUUACAAACUUUACAUCUUUCACAUUUUACAUUUAGAUAUUAGUUUAAAAGAAUUACAUUUGAAUUUUCCCCUUUAGUUCCAGUUAUAUUUCCCCCAUAGUUUUGGACUUUUAGGGCUGCCAUACUUCAUGUCCUGCUGUCUUUGGAGGCGGAGCCUCAUAAACACCUUCGGGUCCACAGAACCGUGACGCAGCGCCUCAUGGUGGCGCUCAUGUUCCCCGCUGAGGCUGGAGGUCCCGGAGCGGUUUGCACUUUCACAAACCCAGCGGGGUAACGGAACCUCUGGGGAUCAAACUAUGCAAACCGGAGAGCUGUCCGUCACCACAGCAGAUCUGCCUUCAGAGGGUUUCUCUUUAAUCAACUGGAUUCACGGGAAUCCUGUUCAUCACAUGUUAGCCUGAGGAUGUAGAACUAAUUAAAAUUUACACUUUUAUCAGAAA